AAAGUAAAAAAAGCAGUGUAAGUGAAACUAGAUUUAAUCUGAAACUUCUACUGGGAAAGAUGUCUAGUAAAAUGGACGCAGGUGACACCCAGAAGCUCUCAGAUCUGAGGAUUGUGUUAAUAGGGAACAGAAGAUCUGGUAAGAGUUCAUCAGGAAACAUCAUCCUGAACAGAAAGGAGUUUGACUUGAAGAGAUCUGCUCAGUGUGUGAAGAGACAGAGAGAAGUAGCAGACAGACACAUCACUGUGAUUGAAGCUCCUGGAUGGUGGAUUGAUGAACCUGUAGAGAAGAGCACUGAGUUACUGAAAGAAGAGAUUUUACUCAGUGUGUCUCUGUGUCCUCCAGGACCUCACAUUGUUCUUCUGGUUAUACGUGUGGACUACAGAUUUAAAGAUGUUGAGAGAAAAGUGUUUGAGGGUUAUGUUGAUCUUCUGGGUGAGAGAGUCUGGAGUCACACUAUAGUGCUCUUCACUCAUGGAGACUUUCUAGGAGACACAACUAUAGAGAAACACAUUGAGAGUGAAGGUGAAGAUUUCCAUUGGCUGGUGGAGAAAUGUGGGAACAGAUAUCAUCUUCUCAACAAUAACAACAGAAGUGAUGAGACUCAGAUCAAAGAUCUGCUGGAGAAGAUAGAGGAGACAGUGACAAAAAAUAACGGCUGCUGUUUUGAAAUGGACAGAAAGAUUUUACAGGAGAUGAAAGAGAGAAGGAGAGCAGAGGAAGAGAGAGCAGAAGAACGAAUGAAGAGGAUGAAGAAACAGAGAGAGAUGAUCAGAUCACAGAUGAGUGAGUAA